AUUCUUCCUUCAGCCAUCACAGCUGUUUGCAGAUCCCGAAAAACGGAAAUGAGUUCUUCAGUGUGUUGAUUUUUUUUUUUUUCUGCACGACGGCUGAUGAAAAGUUUCAUCAGUUGCUUUCUAGAGGUUCACAAUCAGAUUGCCCGCAACCGCCUCUGAUCUUCAACCUUCAGAGUUAAUCAUUGCUUUACAUAAUCACUGUCGGCGAUUAUCACAGGCUGCUUCCACUUAAAAGUGCGACCUCGCAUCGCUGCAGUUCCCUUUGAUUCAGUUCGACCCGUCGAUUUCAACUUUGCUGCAGCGAUCGUCGCCGAGUAGAAGAUGAACCCCAGCAGCGGAACUCGCACCGGGAAGACUUUCCUGUUCACGUCCGAGUCUGUUGGAGAAGGACACUCCGAUAAAAUGUGCGAUCAGAUUAGUGAUGCUGUGCUCGAUGCAUACCUGAGUCAAGACCCUGACUCCAAAGUGGCCUGUGAAUGUGUGGCAAAGACAGGCAUGAUUUUACUAGUUGGGGAAGUAACAUCCAAAGCCACAGUGGACCUCCAGAAAGUGGUACGAAACACCAUUAAGAAGAUUGGCUACGAUGACUCUUCAAAAGGUUUUGACUACAAGACCUGUAAUGUGCUGGUGGCUCUGGAGCCGCAGUGUGAGGAGAUCUCGGACUGCGUGUUUGAAGGCAGGGAUCAGGAGGACAUCGGUGCAGGGGACCAGGGUUUGAUGUUCGGCUAUGCCACAGAUGAGACUGAGGAGUGCAUGCCGUUAACCCUCCUGCUGGCUCAUAAACUCAACUACAGGAUGAAGGAGCUGUCGCGCAAUGGAGAGUGUCCUUGGAUAAGGCCGGACUGCAAAUCGCAGGUCACCGUGGAGUAUCGAGACAACAUGGGAGCCAUGGAGCCCCUGCGUGUCCACACUGUGGUGAUCUCAGUACAGCACAGUCCUGACAUCACCCUGGAGGAGAUCAGAUGCACCCUGAUGGAGAAGAUAGUGAAGGCUAUCAUUCCUGCCAAGUACCUGGAUGAUAACACCAUCUACCAUCUGCUGCCGAGUGGGAAAUUCCUUAUGGGGGGUCCGCAGGGUGAUGCAGGACUCACAGGACGAAAAAUCAUUGUAGACACCUAUGGAGGAUGGGGUGGGCAUGGAGGAGGGGCUUUCUCUGGGAAGGACUAUUCCAAAGUGGAUCGGUCUGGAGCUUAUGCAGCACGAUGGGUAGCUAAGUCGCUUGUCAAAGCUGGACUGUGCAGGAGAGCCCUUGUUCAGAUCUCCUAUGCUAUUGGUGUGAGCCAUCCGCUCUCCAUCUCGGUGUUUCACUACGGUACGUCAAAGAGAGACGAAGACGAGUUGCUGCAGAUUGUCCAGAAGAACUUUGAUCUGAGGCCUGGAGUAAUUGUGAAAGAGCUGGGACUGAAGAGGCCAAUUUACCAAGCCACUGCCUGCUAUGGUCAUUUUGGCAGGAAGGAGUUCCCCUGGGAAAAACCGAAGACUCUGGUGUUUUGAGUUUAGGGUCGAAUGCUUUCUAAUUACCUCCUGGCAAUCAAAACAGUAAAGAGUCCACUUAGUAUCACAGAAUCAAUAAUAUCCAAAUUCAUCAGUAUAAAUGUCUUCUCUCUGGUGUCUCCUGAUUUCUGGCCUCAAACUACAGAAGCAGUGGCCAUCACCUUCUCCAAGAAUGAUUCAUUGAUAUUUUUUGAUUAAAAACAACCAAAUUGAGGUACUACUGUAUGAGAAAAAAUGAUUACUAUAAAACAUGUUCUUAAGAUAAGUGUCACUUUUAUAUGAACUGUCAAAUUUCUGGGGAAAAAAGUGUUUUGUAAUAUUUUCUAAUAAAUAUUUGUUGAUUAAAAGGCUGCAAUAAAAA